AUGCAGCCAUUUCCAAUUCUGUUCUUUGCACUCUGUUCAUCGUUCGUUUUGUUUCAGGCGGAAACAAGACCAAACACAGGAAAGCGCGAACCGAUUGUGAAGAAAAACGAAUUGUUCGAAAAGUUUUAUCGGGCACAGAACAUAGUUCCUGAUAAUCAAUGGGAGGAUUUUCUCAGCGCUUUACGUCGCGAUUUGCCUCAUACAUUUCGUCUUGUCGGCUGCAAAAGGACAGCAGCUGAAUUGCUGCACAUCCUGAAGAAGGACUACUUUCCGUCGCUGCAAGACGUGUAUGUGGAUGAAGAAAAUGUGCAGCCACCUUCAGAAAUCUCAUGGUAUCCGAACGGAUUUGGACUUAAAAUGAAACUGUCUCGUCAGGUGAUUCGGAAACACGAGGGUCUGAAGCGCCUGCACCAGUUCCUGGUGUCCGAGACUGAACUAGUGAGCAGCGAUAAUUUUGGAUUGAUCGAUUGA